UUGGAGUUUUGUGUGUUUUCUUGGAGCCAUGGAAACAAGCAAAGAAUGCUUGAAAAUUUGCACUCUUCUUCUGUAUUUGACUGCAGCAACUAUUUCCUUCACUCAAUGUGAUGCAAGAAAAUCAGUGAGAUUACUAAAGGGUCUUACAAAUCCCCCUCCAACUCACCACAAAAGUCUGUUUCUCAGAACUGCAAAGAAGUUGAAUUUAGUGAAGCGCAUUGAGUAUUUCUCAUUUGGUUCAUCAAAGCAACAAAACCAAGAACCCUAUGGUCCGAAUUCACCACUUUCUAUGCCACCUUAUGAUUCACUAGCUCCAGUUUCCUUGCCUAAUUCAAAUGCUCCUCCAUUUUGUACAUACCCACCCAACACUCCACAAAGUCCCUCCACAACUACACCAACACCCACCACAUCAUCACCAAGCCCACCAAGCCCGGAUUCACCUUAUCUUUACAUUCCACCAAUUCUUCCCAUGCCAAGCCCACCACCAAGCCCAAUAAUUACCAUCCCAGGCUCACCGCAAUCAAAUUCGCCCCCUUCCGGAAUUGUGCCUGGACCGCCCGAGUCUAUACCAAGUCCCACCAUCUAUUUCCCCAGCCCACCACAAUCCAUCUCGAGCCCUAGUCCGCCCGAUUCUACGCCAAGUCCCAUUAUCUAUGUGCCAAGCCCACCGCAAUCUAUCGCGACCCCUUAUCCACCUGUAACCGUCCCAAGCCCACCCGAUUAUGAGCCCAGCCCACCAGAUUAUUCUAUACCGAGUCCACCGUCUUUUGUGCCCUCUCCUCCGUACGGGUUCCAACCGAGCCCACCAGUGUUUGAACCUCCAGUCGUGUUUCCUCCGCCAACCACACCGCCGAGUCCAACAAAAGGCCCCCUGGCGGCCCUAUGGUGCGUGGCCAAGCCAUCAGUGCCCGACCCAAUCAUCCAAGAAGCCAUGAACUACGCUUGUGGGUCUGGAGCAGAUUGUGAUGCCAUUCAGCCCAAUGGGCCAUGCUUUGAGCCGAACUCAUUGUUUGCCCAUGCUUCCUUUGCCUUCAAUAGUUAUUGGCAGAGGACCAAGGUUGCUGGUGGCACUUGUGAGUUUGGAGGAACAGCCAUACUAGUCACAGCUGAUCCAAGUUAUGAUGGGUGCCGAUUUGACUAUGUAUAAUCGAUCACAGGAGAUAAGAUAGAUGAUCACAAUCACAAAGCAGAUAUCUUUUUCUGUUCCUUCCCUUUCCCUGUUCAGUUUCUUAAUGCGCAAGGUACACAAU